CAACUAAGCGAAGAAUAACAAAAACAAACACAACGCUGAGGGGGUUCCGGGGACGCAGGGGAGAUGUGAUCUGAUGUGAAGUUGAAAACAGGCUUUCCUUUGGUCUCUGCGACAUCAGAGGGCUGGGACAAUGGAGUCGCCCUCUGAUGAAGAGGAGGUGCGCACCUUCGUCCAAGUCCUCAGUGAGAAAUACAACCCAGAGAAUUUCCCCUACGGCCAAGGAGUCGUGGUUAUGUCCGGCCCGCCAGGAUCCCCUGUGAAAGAUCGCCUGUACUUGCCGAGCAUUUUGGUUCUGAGUGACUCUGGAAUCCGUAAAGCUGGAGACAGGUCAGACAUUGCGACGUUCUGUAACCAUGUGGUGGAGCUGGACCUGUCCCACAAUCAGCUCAACGACUGGGCAGAGAUCUGCGACAUAGUUUCCAACAUCCCCCACCUGGACUUCCUCAAUCUGAGCAUGAACCCUCUGAGCGGCAUCGAGCUGGAGCCCAGCAUGGCUGAGGUGUUCCCCCGGGUCCGACAACUGGUCCUCAUUAACACACACAUCAGCUGGGACACGGUGCACACACUCACACAACACACACCAGAGCUGGAGGAGCUUUUCCUGUGCCUGAAUGGCUACAACACUGUGUCCGAAUCCCAGACAUCCUGUCCGUCUCUACGCCUGCUGCAGAUUACAGACAACCAGCUGCAGGAAUGGGCAGAAGUGCGGAAGUUCGGACAGAUGUACCCGAGUCUGAAAACACUGGUUCUGGCCAAUAACAGUGUGGACUCUGUGGGUGACACUCAUGACACGCUGCAGUGGCUCUUUCCCAACCUGCGCAGCAUCAACCUCAACAACUCAGGGCUUCGUAAAUGGGAGGACAUUGAGAGACUGAAUUUCUUCCCCAAGCUGGAGGAGGUCAAAGCAAAGGGGAUUCCUUUAUUGGAGCCUUACAGCACCCACGAAAGACGUAGCCUCCUUUUAGCACAGCUUCCAUCUGUCGUGCUGCUGAAUGGGAGUUCAGUGACACACGGAGAGAGAGAGGAUGCUGAGAGGCUCUUCAUCCGUUACUGCCAUGACCACCCAGAACAGCAGCUUCCUGAGAGGUACCACAUCCUUGUUGCCAAGUAUGGAGAAUUGGCCCCGCUGGCGGUGGUGGACCUGAGCCCCCGCAGCACCAUGGUGGAUGUUCGCCUGGGUGAGAGGGUGGAGGCCGUCAGCCUCCGUCUGGAGCAGACGGUAGGCGACCUGAAGAAACACCUCCGAGCUCUGCUGCAGGUGACCGCCUAUGGGAUCAGGCUCUUCUACAUCAACCGGGAGAUGAGUUCCAUCCUGGGACCUGAGGAGAUGAAGUUGGGAAGCCGGGCCCUCCAUUCCUACAGCAUCCGAGACGGGGAUGAGAUUCUAGUCGUGCCCAAAGUCAAAAGUCACUGCAGCUCCUCAGAUCUUUGAGUCAGGAGGCUCUCUGGUUUAGGAUGAAUAGGACUUCAGGACUGUUAGAUUAAGACUUGACUCUGACUUGAGCCUUUUUUAGAUUAAAAGAAAAAGGUGAAUUUGUUCAGCCUUGAAUGUAGAGAUGUUUGCUGUCUACCAUACUGAACAAAUCUAUACAAUAGUGUAUUUGCACAUAGGAGUUCCACAUUCACAAAGCUUAUAUAUUUAGAGUGGCACAUUUCUGUGUUGCUUGAGGUAAGACUGCAGUUUACAUCUCAAUUAUCAAAAAUGUUAUGCAAAUCUAGACAUAAAUGCAAAUAGUUCUCUGAAAAACAAGACGCAGUUGCCAUAAUUACCAAGUAAAUGCACAAUUUGCACAUUGAAUCAAAAACUAAAUCUAUUUUAUAAUUCAAAUGUUUUUUUCUGAGAUUUUAGGAUGAAAAAACUUCCCCUUGUUUGCGCCAUGCAUGGGACUUAUUAGUAAUUAUUUGAGUAGUAAAAACAUGUUGAAAAAAUAGAUGGAAAAAAAUAGAUGAUACAGAAGUUAUGAUGGAGUUAGGUUUUUAAAAAUCCCAGCUGCUGUGUGCAUACGUUAUGUAGUUUCACUUCUCAUCGUAAUUUCUAAAUGUCUUAGCCGGCUUCUCUGCAUCAUAAUCAGCAGCGCUUCGAUGUUUUCUCUCCAUUUUUCCAUUGAUUUUCUUUGAGUAGAAGAUUCUUCUUAUUGUAAACUGUGAACAGUGCAACUUUUUGUGCCUAGGAUAAUUUAGUUAGAGGUUAACAGCAUUCAAUCUACUCCUAUAAAACCAACACAAUGGCAAACAGUGAACCCUAAUCAUGCAGCAGCCAAGCUGACUCGAACACAUGUCUUAGUGAUUUCUUUAGUUAGGUUUUCAUGAUCAUGACAAACCCAAAGAGGCUUAACUUCUCCUGACCUUCAUCUAACUAGAUUUGCCCACGAGAAAGUUGUUUGCCGGGAUCAUGAGUGUGUGUGUGUGUGUGUGUGUGUGUGUGUGUGUGUGUGUGUGUGUGUGUGUGUGUGUGUGUGUGUGUGUGUGUGUGUGUGUGUGUGUGUGUGUGUGUGUGUGUGUGUGUGUGUGUGUGUGUGUGUGUGUAAGUAACAAAAAAUCUUUCCCCACUUCUUCCCGUUACUCAGAUCACUCUCUUUCCACAUGACUCUUGAUAGCAGUGAAAUAUCCUGGGAUAACCCCCCCGAGCUGAAAAAGCAAAUGCAGUGUGUUGGGGAUAAUGCGGAGCACAUGGCUGCCGCUCAGUCAAGACGCCCUGGCAGAAAGAUGAGACAAGUCUGAGGUGAGCUCCGUGGUCUGGGACUGAGCAAAGAAGGAGCGUUGAUGCUCAAGUUACUGCAGGUCUUCUGGCUGUCCGGGCCCAUGAAUGGAGCAGCUCUCUCUCCCUGCAGAGGCAGCUGAGAAGCGUUGAGGCCCGGUCUGCAUGGUAACCACACACCAACCUCUAUGUCACGGACACUUCCGCUGCAUUUAGGUUAGAACGGGUUCUCGUCCCUCACCCGUUCACCUCAGUCUCUCCUUCACAUCCGUCUAACAAACUUGACACUUCCAGUGUCUGCUGUCUCACAGGACGUGGGGCUGUGAACUUUUGCGUUGGCUCACAUUAUCAUUGAUUGUUUUCAAAAUUAAAAAAAAAUAGAUGGAAAAACACAUUUCUACUUUAUGGCAAUUGACAGCCUCUUCCACUGCAGUAAUUGAACAUCCCACAACCUGGGGCAUCUCAUUACCUGAAACUUUAAAGAACCUUGUGAGGCUUCAUUAAACUGCCACAUGGGGAAUAAUGAGCCGCAACUCUGUCGGCAAUCCCUGAAUGUACCUAGAACUUUAGGAUCACAUCCUGUAGAGAUGUUCCAAUAUUUCGUUAAGUUCUUGCCGCGGAAAAGGGAUGUUAAAUAAAAAAUCCAAGACAUUUUGAUCGUCCCGUCUGGAUGGUAGCUAAGGAAGAGCUUGAUUUAAUAGGCAGCAGAGUUUUCUAUGAGCGAAGCAAGCAUUUUAACUGUCACCACAGUUUGAUAUUUGUUUCAUUGUGCAGCCCUACUGUGUGCAGAUGGUUGUGAUCACCAAAUCCUGACAGAAGCUGAGUUUUGAGCAUAAGUACCAAUGUGGCCGGCUGUGUACUCAUCAACAUAAAAAAAGUAUAUUGUGGCCAAGCAAUUUAAGAUACUUGCUUACCCAUAGCCUUUUCAUUAGGUUUGUAUAGUUUCAUACAAAGAAUCACUUGGGUUUAAUCUUUUAGUCCAAAAACAGGCAUGUCAGGCGAUCGCAGACUGUUUCCCUACCUUUUGCUCAAUGCAUUCUGGGAACAGUUCCACCUUGCCUGGCUUUGAAUAGUACCUUUAUUGGUGUAUUGCAUGUAUGCAGUGUAAAUUGGGCAAAAUGUUAAGUGCAUUUGUUAAUGAAAAAACUAUGAUAAAAAUGUAUAAUUGAAAAGCAGGAGAGUCUUGCACAAACCGUUUAUUUUAAACAAUGGAGAGCAAAGGAGAUAAUAUUUGAACUCAAGUUGGGUGAAGUGAGCUGCAAGGAUAAAAUGUUUCUCUUGAACACAAUUAUUACUGAAGGUUAGACUUCUGUUACAAAAAAAAUGUGUGUGAAAAUGAUUUGUAACAGUGCCGUAUGAUACCGCGCUACCUGAACCGUACAGUCACUUGCACCCUAUGUUUCCCUGAUAAUGCUACAUUGUGAACAACAAAUCUGGUUUGAAAAUGAGCAGUGGUCACUGGUUGGCAGCACAGUCCUGCUUGGUGAAAAAACAGAGCUAACAACUACCAUUAAUGGAGGUUGCACUGAGUUACACUUUAACUGUUCAUGCUCUAUUCAGCAACAAUUAGUCUUUGGCAAAAGUAAAUAAUAAUUUUAUCCUGAUGUGUUCAAAUGUAAUCUUGUAAAAUUUAGUUUUUCGACGAGAAACUUGUAUAAUACAGUUGUUUGAAGUAGAUUUUUUCACAACAUUUGUAAUUGGUAUAAGAAUGGGAAUUACUCAAUACUAGCUGACAGCAAAAGUUCAGGUAUUUGAAUUGGUAUGGGAAUGUAGAACAUGGUAUCAGAACAUUUCUAGUGCUUACAUGGGACAUAAGGGGAUGAGCGUAAAGCAUUUUAAUUCUAAAGUUAUAUUGGGUAGGUUGGUGGUUUGCAUGUUCUGAUAUUUCUAGAUAUGUUUGAUUUAUGUGUUGGGAGAUGUGUCAUUUCAGGGAAACAGUGUUGUUUAUGGGCAUUUGUAUUUUGACACUUUUUAAAUAUUAUGUGUGCUUCUGUCACCCUCACCUUUAUCCUUCACUAAUACCAAAUAGAGAUUAUAGAAGAUUAUAUACAGAUAAAAAAAUAAAUCUAAGAGUUGCUAAUCUGUAAAACAGUUUGCCUUGUGCUGUUAUGUUAAUUUAUCAUGUUUGCUUUCUGUCUUUUCUCAAAUGUAUAUCUAGAUAUUUUAAUGGUAAAUUCUUUUUUUUUUCUUGAUCAUAUUGCCAUAUCUGCACCUGUACUGUGUAAUAGUGCUUUCACUUCUCUUUAAGAAAUAAAUUAUAACUAUUUCAGCUUA